GCUCGCCCGCGCCCGUUCAAACGCUCCCCCUGAUCACGCCCGCGCCGCCCGCGAUACUGCUCUCGCCCACGGCCACCGUUAUCGCUACGCCUACGUCGCUGGUAAAGAAGACGACGCCCUCCAGCGCCGGCAGCACGCCCGGGAGUCCGCCCGCGGAGGACACGUCUUGCCCACCCUCGCCUGCCGGAGGUGACGUCACGGAGGCUCCUGGAGACGAUGACGUCGGCGCCAUUCAGUCGUGCGAGGGCGAGGCGGGAGCCGCGCGGAGGGACGAGGACAAGAAGAAGCCUCGCCGACGCCGCACGGCCUUCACGCACGCGCAGCUGGCCUACCUCGAGAGGAAGUUCCGCGUGCAGAAGUACCUCAGCGUCGCCGACCGCUCCGACGUCGCCGAGGCGCUCAACCUCUCCGAGACGCAGGUCAAGACGUGGUAUCAGAACCGCAGGACCAAGUGGAAGCGGCAGAACCAGAUGCGCCUGGAGCAACUCCGUCAGAGCGCCGGGGUCGGAGUGGAGAAGGAGCUGCUUGGAAGCGCAGGGGGGCGCAGCUCCCCUGUUGACCCCCUGAGCGUGGUGGCUCCGACCUGCUGCCCGCCUUACUUCCUGCCGCCCGUCGACCGGUCCUGCUUCAUCACCACAGCAGGACUCUUCACCAGGUUGCCCUACAGCCCCUCGUGCCACUUGUGACCCCAGCCGGACGCCUGACCUCUGUCCCCGAUUUCCUACAGCCCGCCCUGCCCCUUGUGACAUCAGCCCUAGAGCGUGACCUCCGCCUCCCGCCAUACUCGAGCUCCUUUUAAAGUCUUGGUCCCUCCCAUUUUGUAUUCUCUGUGACUCCCGCCACGUUCAUCCAGCUCCUGCCUGGGCCGAUUCCCAUUCACCUGUGUAUGCUGUUGUUUAUUUUAUUAUUUGAAUAUAUUUGUAAAUGAAAGUGUCAUUGUUUGUUUCUAACGUGGAAAAUUAUAAUAGCAAUCAGUCAAAGAUAGGUGAAAAUCCGACUGUCAGGUGAAUUUCACCUCUAGGAAAUGCACGUGACUCAGAUUUUGAUGCGUGGUUGUUAAUGUACAGAAUCACAACCAAGGAACUACACAUGCACUGACCCUGGUUACAAAGAACCAGCUGUCUUCUAAGAUUCUUCAGCAUGUUGACUGAAGAGGCCCGUCUUAGCUAUGCAAUAUUUAGUGCAUGGUUAAUGUGGACCGCCUAUGACGGCAAAAUUAUGAAAUUAUCCAUAAUAUCUUCUAAAUGGAUGUGGAGGAUAUGGAACGACGUUUAUGUACCAUUUGCUGUGCAGAAUAAUCUAGGCGCACUUCAGAUAAUAUUCACCUUUGAAUAUAAUCAAAUCAGUUAUUGGGCGAACUUUAACGAAUUUUGGAAUAUGUAUACUUUUCUGUAACAUCCAAAUAUUGAAGUCUCGCCAAUUUAAAAUGGGGCCACCCAUCUUAGUCAUUAAACCUGUGAAUUAUCCCCAGGGUUUCAUGUGACAAAAGGUGAAUCACUGUGGUACACUUUUUCACUUUCCUCUUGGUUAAGAAUCCACGAAAAUAGUCCAUUUGUAGGAUAUGACCAUUAUGAAUAAUUCACUUUAUACGAUAAACCUCAUAUUGGGGUUUAGUAAAAAAAAAAUCACAUUGCACAUUUACAACAAUUAACUUAAAGAACCUUUAGAUAAAGAGGAAAAGAACUUGAUUAUUUGACCCAAGAUAUAUAUAUGAAAAUACUAAUAUCUUUUUGGAAAUAGAUAUCAGAGUCAUAACUUAUUCCUUCUCGUUUCUUUAAUACAAGUAAAGUGUAAAAUAAUAUGCAAACCCCAUAUACAAUGUAAAUAUUAAAACAAUGUACUAAAUGCAACUUUGAUAAAUGAGGAAUGUAUCAUAUAAAUUAGUAUGUACAGAAAUUUUGUAGACUGACUUCAGGAUUUAUUUGUAAAUCUCAAGAAAGAAUGAAAAAAAAACAUUUAUCCGGUGAUUAGUGAUAUCAGUGCUAGCGAUAUUUGUUAGUGUUCUUGAGUUUAGGCUUAUUCAUUAAAUUAGUGAUAUUAUUAGUGAUGCUAGUCACAUGAUUCUAGACCUUAUUAUUGUGGAGUUGCGGUGAAAAAUAAUGGAAGUUGUAUAUUUGUAGAGAA